AUUCGCAGAAUUAACACCACCAGGUAGGAAGAGCCUCCUAGACCGUCUUCUGACAGACUAGUACGAGUCUGUUUGUAUGACCCAUGUUCCACCAGCCUCCUGAAACCUGAGUAGAUUGACUGGUGCUGGAGGCGACUAGUCGAAUGUAUGAAGGCUCCGAUCCCGCAAACUAAAGCCGUGUGUGAUUUCUCCCGCUGCUGAUCUGGCACGGAUACAGAUCCUCACGAAUUUGUAAAUUCGCCGAUCUUUCUUCCAAUUCGCUGAACCAGCGCUCUCCUCUUCCCGCCGCCAGUCAGCUUCAAUCCCGCUGAGCUACCAGCUGCUUAGCAGCUCCGGCAGUUCCUGCCAUGUCUCUCCAACUCGCUGCAUGCCACGCUGCUGGGACUGGCAUCUCCGCCACGCUUAUAACUACCACCCAAUUCGCCGAUGUCUUGAGCGUUUCCCUCGCCGUGAAGCCCGCUCGCAGACUCACAUCGCGUGCACUGCGGCGAGCGUCUCACAGCAAUUCCAGUUCGGCCAAGCCAGGCCGGCCUGCCCCCGCGGCCGCAAUUUCCGGGUCAAUUUCUGGAGAAUUGGAGGGUGAUAAUGAUGCUCCUGCAGAAGCAGCAAGCCCGAAUUUGGCAUUAAAGCCGGAGGAUCCAGGUCUUGCCAUGGAUGGUUCUUCGCAAGGAGCUCCAUCGGCUCAAGUAGGACUGGAACAAUCAGGACCAGUUGUAGCGGGGUCGGCUGUAGUGGAGUCGGCUGUAGCGGAGUCGGCUGUAGCAGGUUCAGCUGUAGGAACCCCGGCUGUAGUGGCGUCGGCUGUAGCAGAGACGGCUGUAGCGGGCCCGAGCGAGCUGGUGGAGGACGGCGCGGUGAUCGUGAGAGACGACCUGGACGAGCUGUUGCACUGCCUGCCGGGGAACCUUCGCGGAAACCUGCUACAACACCCCCGCCGAUCCGAGCUGCUCGAGGUGGUGUUGGAUCUCGGCCGUCGACCGGAGGCGCGCUUUCUGGGCGACGGCGGGGCGGAGUAUCUGCAGGAGGCGGAGGUCACCCGCGCGGACCUCGAAUCCGCGUGCGAGUCCAUCGGCGCGUUUGGCGGCGACAACCGCGCGGGCGUGGAGGGCACGCUGCACCGCAUCAGCGCCAUCCGCAACCGCAAGGGUGACGUGGUCGGGCUGACGUGUCGCGUCGGCCGCGCUGUCACCGGCCACGUGGACAUGGUCCGUGACCUGCUGCACCACGGGCAGAGCCUGCUGUUUCUCGGAAGGCCCGGUGUUGGGAAGACGACCGUUAUACGGGAAAUAGCUCGGGUAUUGGCCGACGAGAUGCACAAGCGCGUGGUGAUCGUGGACACGAGCAACGAGAUCGGCGGGGACGGGGACGUGCCGCACCCCGCGAUUGGCAAUGCGCGGCGCAUGCAGGUGCCCGACCCCGCGCAGCAGCACAGAGUGAUGGUGGAGGCCGUGGAGAACCACAUGCCGCAGGUGGUGAUUGUGGACGAGAUCGGCACGGAAGCAGAGGCGCUGGCGUGCAGGACGAUAGCGGAGAGGGGAGUGAUGCUGGUGGGCACGGCGCACGGGCAGCUGCUGGAGAAUCUUAUCAAGAACCCCACGCUCUGCGACCUGGUCGGGGGAGUGCAGACGGUGACCCUGGGGGACGAGGAGGCGCGGUCACGAGGUACACAGAAGAGCGUGCUGGAGAGAACAGCGCCGCCCACCUUCCCUGUGCUGAUAGAGAUGCGCGAGAGGCACUUCUGGGUGGCGCACCAGACUGACAGGAGCGUGGACGCUCUGCUGCACGGGAAGCGCCCCCAAGUGGAGGUGCGCACGCGGGACGAGUCCUUCCAAGUCACCAUCGACCGCCGGCUCUACGACCGCAACGGCACCUCCUCCCCCUCCUCUUCCUCUUCUGCCGACCCUAGUAGCAGAGCGGGCGGCAUGGGGGAGCGAGUAGGGGGCAACAUGGGGGGGAGCAUGUUUGGGGGGGGGAGUGCUGGGGGUGGCGUGGUGCUGGGAGGGAGGGAGAGGGACCUGUACUGGAUGGCGGGGAGUGAUGACGAGGGCUUUGACUGGAUGGAAGGGGGCACGAGUACGCGGUACGAGUUUAGUUAUGGGAGAAACAGCAGCAGCAGCAGUGGUGGUGGGAGUGGUAAGGGGUCGGUGCGAGGGGUGGAGGCUGAGCAGACGUACUCCUGGGCUGCUAAAUUGGGCUAUGUCCCGGACAAGGACGCAUUGAUGGAAGCCAAUGCCAGUUCCCCACGCAACAACACCACCAGAAGCAGCAGCAGCAGCAGCAGCAGGCCCCCUCCAUCCCCCCCUCCGUCCUCCUCUCAGACAACCUACUCGUGGACGGAUUUCGACGAGGAUUUCCACUAUGUGGGUGGGAGGGGCGCUGGUGGGGGGUAUUCUGGGUCGGGUGCGCCCGGAAAGAGGGGCAGCAGGCGGGGGCCCAGGGGAGUUCGCCCUCGCUGAGUGCUGCAAUGGUGAUCGGCCGGGAGCCGGCCGACAAGAGAGAGCUUUUGGUCCCUGAGCACCCCAUGUGUUAUGCCGUGGGGCAUCAAGAGGCUGCCACUCACUUGGUCCAACUGCUGCUGCGAUGCUCUGUGAGAGCACUGGAUGCAUCAGCAGCAUCCCAAGUCUGUGCAGUCUGGGUCACUCUCAUUCGCAGCCGCCUGUUCCGUGCGCUCUUACCAACACCCUGUGUAGUAUAGGGCACCACUGUAACUCGCAACCUGCCGACACACACAACUCCUCACCUGUACAUGCCAUGUCUCUAUUGUCUUUCCAAGCCUGUUGGCACCUGGGUCCAACUGCAAAGAUUUCCUUGUAGCUUCAUCAGCAGCUUCAUGCCACCUCCACUGUGUCUGCACACACACAUGACAAUCUCUCCCCCACUGCCAGUACCUGUAUAUUGACACACUUCAACCCUUCAGCCUGCGCAUCUGUAUUAAUACGCAUCUCGCUCUAUCAACGCUUCGCGUAUUAGCAACCCUCUGUAUCUUAUAGUAUAAGCUCUUGGAACUCAUGCUUCCAGGUUUGCUGAAAUGAUUAUAUUUCAGUAAGUCUAAGAGUAGAGAGUGAGUAGCAUAUUGAAUCAAGUUUGUAAUGCGGGAAUGAUUGAGUAUAGACA